GGUGCCGGUGUAACCGAAUGCAGAAAUGCAAAUCUUUGUAAUAAUGUAUUUAUAUUCAGACGUACACUCCACAUUCAUAAAUAUUUAGGGCUCACUCCCAGAAGGUUGUAAGUACUGCAGUAAUUAUUCCGGUAUGGACGAGAAAAUUGUCAGUGUGCUGGUUGAGAAUAGCAGAAACCAAAAAUGCGCCCAUGCACCCUUUCCAAUUAGAGGGGACAUACAAGGACCCUGCACAGCUUGUCCUCAGCUUGACCCCAGUCAAGCAGAACUCUUCCAAGAAAUUAAGCAACUCCUUGCAAAUAUUUCCAAGAAGAAUUCCGAAUCUGCGUCAAGUUUGGAUACUCUUCGAUCCCAUUUUUCACAGGAUAAUUCAGAUCGGUCAUACUUUGAAAUUUUGAAUUUGCACAAUUCUUCCAAAGAAGGAGGCUGCGAAACGUUGCUUCAUCUGGCAUCAGAUGCCUCGGAAUAUGAAGCUAUCGAAAUCUUGCUUAAAGCCGGAGCCGAUCCAAACGCCACUAACCGGUGGAACCAACUUCCAUUGCAUACCGUUGUGGACGAAGGAGAUGGAUGUUACUGCCCUGCAUGCAAUCAGAAAAAUGCAAAGUGUGUAGAACUCCUUUUAAGAUAUGGGUCGAAAACGGAUAUAAGGGACUGGGAGGAAGAUACGCCCUUAUCAUGUUCGGCAUUAACAUUGAUGGACGACUGCGCUAGCGUACUUUGGGAAUAUGGAUCUAGUGUUCAUACCCAGAGUAAAAGGCAUGGACGUACUGGUGAGCUAGUAGCAAGUUACAUUCCAGACACGGUGUGCGGCUGGAUGGAUAAGGCAAUCCAACAGCACGACAAGGAAAGGCUGCAAUUACAACUCGAUUUUGGGGUGUUGAUCGGAAGCGUUGAAGGAGAUGGGGCAAAGUACAACAAAGAGACACAUUUUCUGGUGUACAUGAGCAAUGUGCAUCGAAAGGCGAAAGAAAUGCUGCUGCUCCACCCACUUGUCCAAGCAUACGUGUCCCUUAAGUGGGACGUAAUAUCAAUUCUCUUCACUUUCUUGGGACUCGCUUACCUCGGCAUUGCCCUCUUGUACACCUGCUUCAUCAUUUCAUUCUUUCUGUACCACUGUCCCUAUGAGGAAGCCUUAGAUGAAGAUCUCGACAACGGGACUUUGAGUAAACGAGUGACCGCAAGUCAAAAGGCUAAAAUGGCACUUGGACCUUGGGACUUUAGCGAUGGUAGCGAUGACCCAUGUCAUGUGACGCCUUGGAUUUACACCAUGUCUGGUUUUCUUAUCUGUUUCUUGAGUUGCAUGGUCUUAAAUGAAAUAUAUGAGAUGGCACAAGGGUUACAGCGAUACUUCAAAAAUGGACUCAAUUAUGGGUGGCUACUCAUGAUUGUGACUCUUACGUUAAAUGUGCUUCCUGUUUUUGUCAACUUUCAUGGUCAUUGGCAGUAUAUCGUCGCCUCGUUUGGCGUGUUCUUGACAUGGGGAAUGUUUUUGACGCAAAUAGCUCGACACCCAAAGAUUGGAAUUUACGUUGAAAUGCUCGGUAGUAUUGUGGUCGAAUUCUUGGUCUUUUCUGUGACUUAUUUCUCUCUAGUAAUUGGAUUCGCGAUGGCGUUCGCGGUCUUGUUUCCAAACAAUCCAAUGUUUGAAUAUGUGUACGGCUUUCUCCCAUUUGUCAAAGCACUCCUAAUUAUGACUGGGGAACUAGAUUACGAGACUCUUUUUGAUGACGCUGAGAAUCCACGUACCGAUGAUUUGGAGUAUUCGAUUGGAGCUCAUAUAAUUUUUGUCGGAUUUAUAAUUAUUGUCACCAUACUGUUGUCAAAUCUACUGAUUGGCUUGGCCAUUUCAGACGUUCAAGACCUACGAAGCAGAGCAAACUUAUCCCGGACUGAAAGGUUAAUUCAGCAAAUUGACUUGCUUGAGACACUAUUUCAUAAGGAGUGGGUACCUUCGGGUUUGAAAAAUUGGUACAAAAAUCGUUUUUCAAUUAAAUCUGUGUGCGACUUGACCUCUCACGAGGACGAGGAGUAUGGGGAGCAAGAAGAACAGAUAAUUAACAACAACGACGAAGAUGAAGCUAAUAAUUCGGAUAAUAAUCAGGACUCGGACAAGCAAUCACCAUCGGGUGGCUACAAGCGAAUUAUAGGUCCGAUUUAUAAAGGAUUUCAGCCACUGAAAAAGGCGGAGAAAGCAUUACCAGCGGAAUUAAAAGAACAGUUUAUUCGAUUCGUUAAUAAGGACGAGUGUAGUAGUAAAAACAAAAUUGUCGAAGAAAUUCAAGCAGGAAAGUCAAAAUUCUGUAAAAAUUGUACAUUGUUGUUACAGUCAAUGUCGCCAAUGUAAGGAAAAAUUUAAUUUGCAAAUAGCAUAGAAUGAUAAAGUGUCAAAUAAUAUUGAUAUAAUAACUGAAAGCUUUAACUCUUAGCUUUAAGAAUUCGCCAAUUUAAAUCACCUAAAAAUUUCUUGGGGAUAUUUUAAAAACCUUUUCACCCUUGGGUGGAAUUCAAUAUACGUUAGGCAAUGCUUAGGCAAGAGCAAUUAGCCUAAGCAAAUUGAAUUCGAUCCAAAAUAUGUAUGUAUCUUUGCCUAUCUUAGCUUGAAGAAGUUUGGUACAUGUAAAGGAAAGCUUGCCAAUAAAAAUAUUAUAACAACCAAUA